AUGUCUGCUAACCAGUAUACUAUUAGAGAGAUUGUGGACUAUCAGUCUACACAUAAUGCAAGUAGUGCCGAUGACGAAAAUGAUACCGCAUCUGAUGAAGAACAAGUCCCCAUUAUGUACCAAUAUGAAAUGGUGGGUCCAUUGGAAAGGACAGUAAAGCGACGAGGUCAUCUUCCUAAAGAAGCAGUAAAAAUUUUAAAAAAUUGGUUGUAUGAACACAGAUUUAAUGCAUAUCCUACUGAAAUUGAAAAACAGAUUUUGUCGCAAGAAACGAACCUGACAGUACUUCAAAUAAGCAAUUGGUUUAUAAACGCCAGAAGGAGGUACCUUCCCGAAAUGAUGAAACGUGAAGGUUUCAGCUAUGACUCUGUCCACUACACAAUCACCAGACGACGGCGAGCGUCUUCUUCGCCUCGAAAUUCGUCAGACGGCAACCCGUUAGUUGGAGAUGGAGUUUAUUACAAGAAACCUAAGAAGAUGAUCCGCUUCGAUCGGGUAGAAGGUGAAACCGAGUUCGAAGUGGACGCCGAUGGUUUCGUAGAGGCCAAGCCACAACAGUUGACUAUGAGUACAUCGGGUAGGAAGUUUAAUCCUUGGAAUCCGGACGUGCACUAUGGCUUAACUGUAAAUGCUGCAGAAAGAAGUCGACCAGAGACACUUCAAGUGGUACAGCCUCAACAGGUGAUGCAAACAGCUACUCCCACGACCAGUUCUAAUAAUCCCUUCCCUUCAAAUUUAGUAGUGGUGAAAACUGCUUCAGGAAAGAACAUCGUUUUGAAGGUUAUAUCUCAAUCAACAGAGAUUCCCAAACAGUACCUACUGAAGUCGAAGAAAUCCAAUACACCUGUGGUAGCACCGCUCGUAGAAGUCGUUAAUGAAGUGCCUAUGGGAAACCAAUUGUCGCUGGAUGAACACGAAGUAAUUGCUGGUGGAGAAGAAGGAAUUAUGACAGAGGAAGAUACCGAAAUUGAAGGUGUCGAAGAAUUGGAAACAUUAGAAGGAAUAGAAGAAGAGGAAGUGGAAGAAGUAGAAGGUAUCGAUGAUACCAUGAUUGAAGCCGAAGAUGAAGAUUUAGUUGAGACUGAUAUGGUGGCUGUUGAAGAAGGCGAGGAAAUCUACAUGCCCGAAGAAAUAGAAGAAGAAGAGGAGGAAGUUUUCGUUAAUGAGGUAACGCUCGAGGAAGAAGUGAACGAAGUGACAAUUGGAGAAAACGAAGUAUUGAUCGAUGAAGAAACGGUCGAGGAAGAACCACCCGAGGAAUAUGAUACAGUGUUAAUAAAACAGGAAAUAGAAGAAGAAUAAUAAUAUAUUUAGAUAAAUUGUGUUUAAAAUACCAUAGGGUUUAGAUUGUUUAAGAUUCUCUCCCAUUCUUACGAAGUAGGUGCUGUAAACUCACGAAACGAGAUGGGAAAAAUAAACAUGUAAAUUAUAUGAUUUUUACUUUUUCAAUGCAAUCUCAACAAACUUUUAUUUUAUAUUCCCUACAAUGUAACUGAUUCGGAUUAGACACGCCAGUCUAAGAUUUGAAAGUAUUACUUGAUUUCGACCAAGUUUUUUUAUGUCAAGUAGAAAUUAUAAAAAAAAUUUAAUAAUAAUGAGAAAGCUAUUCUAUAGAAUGUUUUCCUUAAAUAAUUUAUUGCGGCUAUUGAUAUCAUUAAAGUUAUGCAGCAGUGUCUUAAUUUUCGAAAACAUAGAAAAUGAAAAAUUAAUUUUGUGUAUUUACCUAAAUAUUUCAAACAACUUUUAUCAGCUUUCACAAUCAAUUUCGUCGCCCUAAAAGCCUGUGCCAGAAAUUUGUAACUUCUUGAAGAAGUAAUAUUAACUUACUUAAUAAGUAAUCUUAAUCUGUUUCGUUUUUCACUUACUUCUACUAAGAGAAUCAAUCCCAGUAUCCACUGGAAGCUGUGAAAAUAAUAUUUAUCUAAACUUCUAUAGCUAUUUUCGGAAAUGUAUAUAGACGCCGGUUUUGACAAAUAAGAUGUCCCUUUGAUUCUCGAGUAUAAAGUUGAUAUUCCAAUGUAUAAAAGCCGCCGUAUAUAUAUUUUCUGUGGAAGAUACGGUGUAAAUCGUUUUCUUAAUUUGUUUUACACAUACGCACAAUGUGUAUUUUAACUUUCAAGUAGGUAUAUUUAUGUUCGAGUAUGUCUUUCAAAUCAUCGAAAAAAUAUUCACAAGAUUAGAGAAACACGUUUCCCAAUCAUAUUACUCACUGCACACAUUUGUACUGUCUUUAGUCUUAAAGUAAAGAGCAUUAUAAAACCAAAAGAAGAUAAGCUAAACGAUUAAGCAGACAAAAGAAGAGACAAUUACUAAGAAAACUACUAGAAAUAAUAGAAGGCAACUUUGUUCAAAAUGAAGUCUGCAAUUUUUAUCAAGGAAACAAAGCCACAGGUGAAACAAAAUAAAAGUACAAUGUAAUACAGAAAUAAAGAUGGGUAGAGUAUUUUGAUGAAUUAGUAAACUACAUAUAAAGGACCAAACAGGAACAGAAAUACAACAACACAAGAAGAAACAGAACAAUGACAAAUACAAGAAUCGAUAGAGCAGGAGGUAAUAGAAGUAAUAAGAGACUUAAAAAUAAUAAAAGUACAGGAGAAAGGGGAGUGCCAGCAGGAAUAUUAAAAGUAGAAGGAGAUAUACUACAGCAAAAGAUAGCUCAACUUAUAAUAAAAGUUUGGUAAAACGAAAAAAUGUCACAGAAAUCAUCAUCUCAUCUGCCCGAUUCACAAGAAAGGUGAUAAAACUGUCUGUGGAAAUUGUAGAGGAAUUUAGAAGUAGUAAGUACUAGCAAAAAUUAUACGAAGUAGAUUAAAAACCUACGAAACAGAUCUAAUAGGUGAAUACCAGGCUGGUUUCAGACAGGGAAGAACAACAACCGAUCAAAUUUUUAUGGUUACGAUUAACAACAUUUAUGAACAAAACCUAGGUUUUCAUAUGCUCUUUAUUGAUUUUAUAUAGGGCUAUGACUCACCUCACGAAACGAAGCAAUGAGAUCACUUUAUUUAAAAUGACACUAAUACAGUCAAUAAAGUCAUGAUAUAAGUAAGUCUUUCAAAUCCGUUUAACGUCAAUAGAUUAUUAAAACAGGAAGAUCUCCUGUCAACAGCCUCAUUCAACGUAGUACUAAAAAAUUAUUAGAGGAGCCAAAAUCCAAACAAGCGGCACGAUUAGUAACGAAAGACAACAAUUCAUAGGUUUCGCAGAUGAGUUGGUAUUUCUGACACGUUCAAGAAUAGAAAUUAAAGAUGUAAGGAUAGAAUAAAACGAAAAAUGUUUACAAAAUUUAAAGAAGAAGCUAGAAAAUAUGGCCUGACUAUAAAUCAAGAAAAAAACCAUUUCUUUAAACAUUGAAAUUAUUCACACUUAAUUUUCAGUCAGUAACUCCCUUAUUCAAAAUAUUCUUAAUUUGAUCAAAAUCGACAAAAACUUUCCUUAAGUUUUUACGUACGCAGGGUACGUAACUUUCUUUGCUUCAAACAGAAUUUUUGGUUGGGUUUUCUCUGCAGUCAGAACUGUGGAAUUGGCAUAAUUUUGCACAAAAAUGCUAGAAUACGUUUCUAUCGUAAACUGACCAUGCUGAGUAUUUUAUGACACCUACUUCGUAAGUAGUUGACAGAGUGUGUCGUCUUAAGACAAAUCAGUGAUUUUGACACACUCCAAUAUUUAAUUGAGAUCGGUACGGUAGUACUCUGUUAAUUACUUAAUAAACAAAAAGACAAACAUACACUCUCCUAGAGAAUGUAACUUUUAUUAUUUAAUUUGAGACUAAUUUAGCAAUUAUUUUUUUUAGUUUUAUUCAUUAAGUUUUAGAGAAAUUUAGCUUUACAUUUUUUAUUAGAUUUUUCUAUCAGUACGCCACGUGGUUUUCAAGUUACUGUUCCAUUGUUGGCGAGAUAGAUUUUUCUCGAUUAAGAUUUAGAUCAGUUAACUCUUUAAGAUUUGGCUGACAAGAUUACAUCUCAUCCGACCAUCUCGAUUACACACCUACAAAUUACAAAAUUUAUUGUCCGUUUCUUUGGUCCCGUGUAUAAUAAUUAUGAGAUUCCGAUUAGUAUAUUUUUUAUCCUACUGACUACGCCGUAUCAGAUUAUUUGUCAUUUGUUUCUAAAAAUUUAUUGUAAAUAUCUACUAAAAUUUUAAUUGACUUUAAAAAUAUAACCACAUUCAACCUAAUUCGAUGUCUGAAAAAAAAAUAAAACAGUUGUACCUUAACUUAGAACAUUUUAUAAAUGUUUGGGAGAGGCUUCUAUGUACAGAACCAUAUGUAGUUGUUAGCGUCAAUAUUAUAGUAGGAAUUAUUUGUUAAAAGAGGGUAGGCAUAAGAGUUUUUUUUUUAUUUAUUAUAAAUGUUCCUCCUAUUGACACAGAUUUUUGUUAGCAACUUACAAAAUAAAAGAAUUCGCUUAUC